GCUGAGUCGGUAGUGACACUCAAGUGCCAUGCUUUGGAAUGCGAUCGGUGAAAUUCGUCUCGCUAGGAUGAGGAUACUGUAUAUUCUUUUCGUUAUGGUCAAUCGGCAGGGGAGGUAUUGGUGGACCAGACUCUCUUUAACAUACUUUGUUCAAUAGGGGGAGCACACGGCAAUGAGUAGGGGCAGCACCAUCCCUUUUAGUGGAAGCUAAGAGGUAAUGAUGUCCGUGUAACCCAUCUCAUCUGACGAACGUUGUGGGGCGAUCUCGUACGUCUCUGCCCUGUCUUCCACGGCCGUUUAAAGUGCGCAAGACCCAGAUGAAUCUCAUCAUGUCGCAUUUCUUUCCCCCUUUACCUUCUUUCUGAGCGGUCGCCCCUUGGCUGUUCAAUAUGGGUCCAAUGCGCAAGGUUCUGUUCCUCACCAACAGCGAACUAGGACAAUGCAAUGUUGCCUUUGCAGUGGCCGAGGAAUUCUUGCGCCGCGGUGAAUUCGCCGUACAUCUCGGCUCAUAUAGCCCACUGGCUGGGCCAGUCGAUGAAUUGAACAAACGCGUGGAUUGCGGUCGAUCGGUGGAAUUCCACGAGAUCCCGGGUCCUUCAAUGACCGAUUUGGCGGUUCACAGUAAUGUUGGUCUUCUAUUUCAUCGACCCGGGGUGAAAGGUGCGACGCAAGGCUUUCGGAAAGUUGCUACCGCUAUGAAGAAUUGGAGGCCAUCAGAGUAUCAUAAAGCCUACAAGAGCUGUAUAGCUAUGAUCGACAAAUUGCGCCCGGACAUCGUGGUGAUAGAUCCGAUUCUGCAUGUUGGAUUAGAUGCAUGUCGAAGUGCCAAAGCUAGAGUCGCUAUACUUUGGCCUGUUCCUCUGAAGGAUGUGGUUAUCGCUAUUCAACCCAAGGCUGGGAUACUCUGGAAAUACCCUGUUACGGGCUCAGGGUACCCGUUCCCACUACCAUGGAAGCUCAUAUUCAACAAUAUCUAUCUAGUUUUCCGGGUGGUUAUGACACUAGCAACCGGAAAAUCAGAGCCCGAUGAGCUCGAAGAUGGCAAGAAACCGGAAGGACGAAGUCCAUUCCCCUUGGUGAACGCAUAUUCAAAGGACUCUUUAAGCUUAACACCUGCCUUUAAAGAACUCGAUUUUCCACUGCAUGUCCCAAACAAUGUCAUCAGUUGUGGUCCAAUUCUCCGGCAAUGCCAACCUCUCUCGACAGCAGAUCCAGAGCUGGAGGCGUGGCUCACGAAACCCACCGUUUUGAUCAGUCUUGGGUCACACGUUCGACUAUCCGAGUUUAUUGCCGUUCAGAUGGCGAUGGGAGUCCGGACAGUCAUUCAAAAACGUCCUGAUUUGAGAGUUUUGUGGAAGCUCAUGUAUGACUGGGAGAGUUCAGAUGAGUUCCAAAAGGUGUUGGGCUCGUCCAUCACCGUUGGAUCGGUCAAGGUGGUGUCCUGGAUCCAGGCAGAUAUCAUGUCUGUUCUGGAUACUGGUCGGAUCACCACUUAUGUCCACCACGGCGGGGCUAAUUCUUAUUUUGAAGCAUGCAAGGUCGGUGUUCCCCAAGUUGUACUACCCCAAUGGCUUGACACCUAUGACUGUGCAACCCGGGUUGAAUGGCUUGGAAUCGGAAUCAACGGCAGUCGAUCUGCAGCACCCGGCGUCAAGGCCGAGGAAUUCUCAAAGGCUUUACUCCACGUUCUGAGCGAUGAGGGAAUUCAUGCCAAGUCGGCUGCGGUAAAGAAACUCUGUGAGGGUGAAGGCCGCAUAGAAGCUCAUGACCGCAUUGUUGAAUUUGUACACAUUAGCAGCCACGCAUGAUGAAAUUCUCUGACAAAUAUACCCGAUCGCUUUCCCUGUUAUCUCGCAAAGUAUUCUCGCUGGGCUUCGAGAAUGGUCGGUUUCUGAUGUGGGUAUUUGAACCCUGACAGGAACCCAAACACCGCAAAACACCGUAGCCGUAACUGAAAAACGCGUAGAUUGCUAAGAAUGAUAUUAUGAUCGUAGGUUUGAUGGAACGAUUCAAAACCAAAACACCAACAGCACGGCGAGGCCCGACAAGCUGAAUCGGCUCACGCCAACUCCCUCAGAACUCGAUAGACGUCCUCCCUAGCCUGACGCAACUCCUCGUCAACCUCACCAUUGAUAUGCCGAGACUUCACUUCAUAGUGUAGCUGGACAAGCUCUUUGGCGCGUUGCAAGGCUUCAUGUUUGAUAGCUUGACCAUCCGAGGCUGCAACCGUCUCACUCUCAGCAGGCGGCUCUUUGGCGGAUACCGCUGGACCACCGACAAGUGCAAGGGCCUCAUUG